CAGUCUCCUCCCCCACCCCAGCGAUUUGGUUCCUCCUACCCGGCAGUCUUUGGGGGACGUUGGGUGAACCCAUUUCUGGGGCGCGGGGGAGCUGCGCUUGACCCCCUCGGCGGUGGGUGGAGCCUGAGCUAGGAACCCGGUUAUGGAGCGCUGGGCCCGCCGGGGAGGAUUGGUCGGUCUGGUACCCACUAUGCCGCUUCCCGUUGCGCUACAGACCCGCUUGGCCAAGAGAGGCAUCCUCAAACAUCUUGAGCCCGAACCGGAGGAAGAGAUCAUUGCCGAGGACUACGACGAUGAUCCUGUGGACUAUGAGGCUACCCGGUUGGAGGGCCUGCCACCAAGUUGGUACAAAGUGUUCGACCCAUCCUGCGGGCUCCCUUACUACUGGAAUGUGGACACAGACCUCGUGUCCUGGCUCUCCCCACAUGACCCCAACUCCGUUGUUACCAAAUCUGCCAAGAAGCUCAGGAGCAGUAACACAGAUGCUGAAGAGAAGCUGGACCGGAGCCAUGAGAAGUCAGACCGGGGCCAUGAGAAGUCAGACCGGGGCCACGAGAAGUCAGAUCGGGGCCACGAGAAGUCAGACCGGGGCCACGAGAAGUUAGACCGGGGCCACGAGAAGUCUGACCGAGACCGAGAGCGAGGCUAUGACAAGGUGGACAGAGAGAGAGAGCGGGACAGGGAUCGGGACCGGGACCGUGGGUAUGACAAGGCAGACCGAGAAGAGAGCAAAGAACGGCGCCACCAUCGCCGGGAGGAGCUAGCUCCCUACCCCAAGAGCAAGAAGGCGGCGAGCCGGAAGGAUGAAGAGUUAGACCCCAUGGACCCCAGCUCGUACUCGGAUGCACCCCGGGGCACGUGGUCAACCGGACUCCCCAAGCGGAACGAGGCCAAGACGGGUGCAGAUACGACAGCAGCUGGGCCCCUCUUCCAGCAGCGCCCCUACCCGUCCCCAGGGGCUGUGCUCAGGGCCAACGCCGAGGCCUCCCGAACCAAGCAACAGGACUGAGCCCCCCGUGCUACCCCCGGGCUUUGUAAUAAAAGCUUUUUGGUGGAUCAUGCC